GAAAAGGGCAAAGUCUCGUUGUCAGCCUUGAAGAGGAAGGAGUCACUCAAGAUGAGCAGGAUGGAUAAGCUGGUGAACUGCUUCUAUAAACGACCGAAUGCCGUAACCCGAUUAUUCUGCUUCCCCUGGGCUGGAGGAGGAUCGCUGUUUUAUGCACAGUGGGGGCGCUUGCUUGACGAGUCCAUUGAAGUCUGCUCAAUCCGCCUUCCAGGAAGAGAGUCCCGGUAUUCAGAGCCAUUUUCUACCAGCAUGGACCAAAUAGUCGAUGAAGUGGCUGCUGUAUUGUUACCGCAACUGCAGGAAAAUAAUUUUGCUUUCUUCGGCCACAGCUUUGGGUCCUUCACUAGUUUUGCUACCGCACUUAGACUUAAGGAGAAAUAUGGUCUGGAGCCCGUGCAUAUGUUCGUGUCUGGAGCGCCUGCGCCUCAUGCCGUAUCUCGUUACUCAUCUGAAAAAAAAUCUAAGCUGAACGACGAAGAAUUUCUGAAGUGGUUGUCUACCGCGGGGGGAACGCCGCCCGAAAUUCUGGAGAACAAGGAAGCCAUGCAGCUCUUCCUCCCGCCGCUGAAAGCUGAUCUGAGAGUUGUUGAUAGCUAUGUCUAUGAUAAGCCAGCCUCCCCUCCCCUUACUUGUGGCCUGACGUGCUUUGAUGGGACAGAAGACAUCCCUCGUGACUUGGCCGUUUGGAAGGAGCUCACAAGUGGAGACUUCAACAUUCACAUGCUGCCAGGGGGACAUUUCUACUUAAAGGACCCACAAAAUGAGGCAUCGCUAAUAGCCUACAUGUCAAAAUAUUUAGGAGGGACAGGAAUGGACUAUUUUUAAAGUUUAUCUUCUGUGGCUGUGAAAACUGCAGGACUUUAACUGUAAGGCCUCAUGCACACGACCGUAGUUAUGGUCCGCAUCCGAGCUGCAGUUUUUGCGGCUCGGAUGCGGACCCAUUCACUUCAAUGGGGCCG